GAUUUUUUAUUGGUUGCUUUUAAAGUGCCGCAAAUCUCAAAUGAGUUCGCGAACGGAAAUGUGUGAAUUAUUAUUUAGUUAAAUGAAUUUACGUUUGUAAUAAAAUCGUAAAUAAGAGUUUGUAGCAGACAGCAACAUGGGUGAUGAGGAAGAGCACAAGGAACUGGUUGACGAUGUUCGGCUGGUGUUCAUGCUGGACUACCUCCAGAAGACAUUGCAGGUCAGACCAGAACGUUGGCAAAGAAUGUUGGAAAUUGAAGAUUUUCAGAAAGCGGUGCUGGACUUCCUGACGGGGCAGUCCAAGGAGCAGGUGCUGGUGAUCACGACCACGGCGGGCGGCGUCCUGGUGCCGGUGCUGGGCUUCCCCGCGUCCAUCCGCAACAAGGCCGUGUACUUCAUCAAGCGGGACAAGGGGCCCCUGCACUCGGAGGACCUGCGGCGGCAGCUCAUGUUCGGGGACCUGGCCCCCAAGGUCCUCGACGAGAUGUCCGUGAUUGUGGACGAGCUGUUCGUGCCUCUGCUGUCCAACCCGGAGAGCCACAGGGGGUGGCCGCAGGUGGUGGCAGACGACGUGGUGCACCACGCCCACACGCUCAAGAACACGGUGCGCGAGGUGCGCGGCAAGAUGAGGGGCCACACCAUCCUGCCCAUGCCGCUGGGCACGGACCGGGUCGAGGCGGUGGAGAAGGACGUGCUCGAUGGAAAAGGCGUGGACAUGAACGUGAAGAGUGCCAUCGAAUCCAUGACAAUCAAGUGGGCAGGCCAGGUGAACGAUUUGCUGAAGGAGUCAUCACACUUACCGGUCGAUGGACAGGAGUACUUCCCCACUCCAACGGAUGAGAUGAACUUCUGGAGCAACCGCGAGAGAGAUCUGGAGUUCGUGUACCACCAGCUGUGUGCCGACAAGGUCCGGAGGAUGGCGUCCAUCCUGCAGCUGAGCCAGAGUGCAUACUUCCCUUGCUUCAAGACUUUGUUCAGCAACGUGGUGGCCGGGCUGACGGAGGUGAGGCACAUAGCCAUAUACCUGAAGCCGCUGAAGAAGUUCUUUGAGAAGAUGGAGGUGUCGGAGUUGGAAGAGAUACGCCAGAUGCUGCGGCCGCUGCUCGUCAUGGUGUGCAUGGUGUGGUCGAAGAGCGAGUACUACCGCACCCAGCACCGCGUGGCGGGCAUGCUCACCAAGAUAGCCAACCUGCUCAUCAACCAGGCCAGUAAGUUCUUAGAUCCCAGUCGGAUUAUGCAAGGAGAUGUUCACGAAUCACGGGAUCAAGUAGAUAUCUGCAUCGAGCUUUUUCAAGAGUUCAGUGAUCUUUUCACAGAGUACAAAGAGAAACUGCCAAUGUUUUUCGAAAAUGAGGAACCAGUGCUUUGGACGUUUGAUGCAGAUGAAGUAUUUGCCCGUAAGAAAGUAUUCGUACAGAGGCUUGAAGACAUAAGAUUCCUGUUCUUGACCGCAGAAGAGUUCUUGAGGCUGGAGAGGGUCGUGUUCGGAGGCAUCAAGGGACACGCCCUCUCUAACCAGGUUGAAGCUGUGCUCGACGAUUUUAAAAAAAUGUUCAGCGUGUUUGUCAACAUAAGCUAUGACGUGUUACUCCCUGAAGAAAUGCAGUUUGACAAGGACUACAAAACAUUUUACAGCAUGUUGGAAGACCUGGAUCACAAACUGGCCAGCAUUUUCAUUCAAGCUUUGGAUGACUGCCACAAUCUGGAAAGUUUUUUCAAGUGCACGUAUGUGCUGGGACAGCUGAUGGAGAGGCCAAUCAUCUACAAUGAAGUGGCCAUCAAGUACAAUACAAUGAUCGAGAUGCUUAUGGAUGAGCUGGAGACAUGCAAAGAACUGUUCGACGAGCGGCAGGCCAUGAUGGACCGGCAGGAGUACCUCCCGGUGGACAAUUACAUGCCCCCGGUGGCCGGUAUGCUCAUGUGGAUCAACAAGCUGCGGUACCGCAUCACCAAGCCCGUGGACUCCUUCCAGCAGGUCGAGGACAAGAUCAUGGAGACCCCGGAGGCCCAGCAGGUGCUGGACAGGUACAACGCGCUGAUGGACAGACUGGCGGGGAUGGAGGACGCCGUCUUCUCGCAGUGGGCGGCGACGGUCGGGAGCGUGGUCAGGACCAACCUGGACAAGCCGCUGCUGAUCCGGGUCGACGAGGAGGUCCUGGCCCCCAACUUCCAGCCCGAGGUGGGGUCACCGGCGGCACUUGAUGAGUGCCGCGUGUACGUGUCCGUGGCCCUGAACGUGCUCGAUGGAAGCAAUGCCAGCUGUGGCACGACGCUGGACUACCUUCGGUCGGACUGCGCGCGUGUGCUCCAGCUGACUGCCGUGCUGCGGGAGGUGUCGUACAUGAAGAUGCUGGAGAAGUCGGACAUCCCCGAGGAGGCCCUGGACCUGCACGACCGUGCCGAGACGCUGCGGCAGUGGUCCUUGCUGCUGGACUACAUCAUCAGCUCGUACAACAGUAUUCAUGCGAACACUCGAGAGGAAGAGUUCGCCUUGAUAGAAGAGGAGGUCGAAGAAGUGAACGAGGUGGUGGACAAUGUGCUAGUCGAACUGACAUGGGAUUCAGAAGCCGUGGCAGCAAUAAUAACCCAUUUCUUCAUCUUGCCCCCAGCGAGGACGCAAGCACAUCAGUACGCGGAGAUACAAGCGGAAGCGGAACUCAUCCACCGCCUGCUGGAGGAGAACCGCCGGCUGUUCAUGGACAUCCCGCUGGACGCGGAGGAGACCCCGGAUGCCGCGGAGGACGAGCAGGUGGCGGAAGAGGGGGAGGAGAAGGAGGACGAGGGGCCGGAGGGGCGGGCGGAGGCGGCGGCGAAGGAGGGCGACGAGGAUCUGUUCCUGGACGACGAGGACGCGGACGACGCAGACGCCCAGCAAGAGGAACUGGAGGCCGAGGUGUCGGAAGAAGAGGAGCUGGAGAUGAGUCCCGAGGUGAUGUGCAUGAUGUUCUUCAUGGACGAGAUGGACGUGUUCACCUUCCCACACGCGCUGUUCGAAGUGUUCCUCCACCUGAAGGACAAGCGCCUCGUGUUCGAGCCCUCGCUCGACCCGGUCGCGCCCGACGGCUUGAAGCUGCUGCUCCGCAGCCUUCUCGACGACGUUCUGCUGAUGCCGACCUUUGUGCCGCGCAUCUUCACGGAGCCCUACCAGACGUACGAGUCAUACAGUUUCCUGAAGACGUUCGAUAAAUACACGUUUCUGUGGAUGGUGAACAGACAGGCUUUCAUAGAGCGGUUCGCCAAGUACGGCUGCCACAUGGCGGACACGGAAUUUGAGGUGACGAAAGAUUUGAAGGAAACUCCGCCAUCCAACGAGAGGUUUAAGGAACAGAUCGACUACUGCCUGGCGCUGCACAGCGAGGUGGAGAAGAUGUCGGAGGAGAAGCUGGUCCAGAGGUGGCUGCGGCUGAACCUGGGGCCGAUGAAGCGCAGCCUGCUGGACGAGGUGCUGGAGUGGGCCCAGCUCUUCAAGGACUACCUGGUGAAGCACGUCGUGGACAGCUUGAACAAGCUGGAGCAGUUCUGCCUGGACGCGGAGCGCGAGAUGCUGACGCCGCUGGAGGAGGGCGACUACGAGGGCCUGCUGAAGGUGAUGGGCUACCUGCGCGACAUCCGCGACAUGCAGGUGGCCACGGACCAGAUGUUCCAGCCGCUGCACGCCAUCAUCGAGCUGCUGCGUCCCUACGACGUCGACUUCCCCGAGGAGGUGUUCGUGCAGCUGCAGGAACUGCCUGACAAGUGGGCCAACACGAAGCGGGUGGCGGCGACGGUGCGCCAGACCGUGGCGCCCCUCAUGGCGACGGAGAUCACGCUCAUCCGCAAGAAGCUCACCUUGCUGGACCUCAUGCACAGCCAGUUCCGCGAGACCUUCCGCAAGCAGCCCUUCUUCCGGUUCGACUGCACGGACAUCUACAAGCGCCUGGACAAGGCAGAGGAGGAGAUCUUGGAGCUGGAGGCCAAGAUAAAGGACAUCACGGACCAGGCAUCCUUGUUCGAAAUCUCCACCACGGACUUCAAGCUGCUGGAUGUCUGCAAGAAGGAGAUCAAGCUUCUCAAGCAAAUCUGGGACUUUGUGAAGAUUGUCCAGUACAGCAUCGACGAGUGGAAGAAGACUCCGUGGAAGUCAAUCAACGUCGAGGCAAUCGAGAUGGCGUGCAAAGACUUCACACGAGACAUUAGAGGACUGGACAGGGACGUGCGGCAGUGGGACGUGUACACGUCGCUGGACGACACCAUCAAGAACCUGCUGGCGUCGCUGAAGGCCGUCACCGACCUCCAGGACCCGGCCAUGAGGACCCGGCACUGGCAGCAGCUGAUGAACGCCACCAAGGUGAUGUUCGUGAUGGACGACAAGACGACGCUGGCCGACCUGCUGGCGCUGCACCUCCACGAGUACGAGGACAUCGUGACGGAGAUCCUGGAGCGGUCGCGCAGCGAGCUCAAGAUGGAGACCGUGCUGAAGGAGCUGGACACGUACUGGGGCGGCGCCAGCUUCGAGCAUGACCUGCACCCGCGCACCGGGAUGCAUCUGCUGCGCGUCAACGAGCAGACCCUCAACGACCUCGACGACAACCUGAAUGCACUGCAGACGUUCAUGAGCUCGAGGGACAUCUCUUUCUUCCUGGAGCAGAUGUCCAAUUGGCUGAAGAAGCUGAACACCGUCGACCAGGUGAUCCAGCUGUGGAUGGAGGUGCAGCGCACCUGGGCCCACCUGGAGGCCAUCUUCAUCGGCUCCGAGGACAUCCGCAAGCAACUCCCCGAGGACACCGCCCGCUUCGAGCACAUUGAUAGGGAUUUCCGGGGUCUCCUGAUGGAGGCCCAGAGGACCCCCAACAUCGUGACGGCCACCAACCGGCCCAAUCUCAGCGAGAAGCUGGAGUCGUUGCAGCGCGAGCUGCAGCUGUGCGAGCAGGCGCUGGCCGAGUACUUGGAGACCAAGCGGCUGGCGUUCCCGCGCUUCUACUUCGUGUCGUCGGCCGACCUGCUGGACAUCCUCGCCAAUGGCAACCAGCCCCAGCUCGUCGCCAGACACCUGACCAAGCUCUAUGACUCCAUGGCCAAGCUGAAGUUCAAGCAAGACGGAGGCAAGAGCACGAAGACAGCAGUCGGAGUGUGGGCCAAGGAUGGAGAGUAUGUCGACUUCAGCGAAGACUGCUUGUGUGACGGAAAGGUGGAAGUGUGGCUGAACCGGCUGACGGAGACCAUGCGCCGCAUGGUGCGACACUACUUCGGGCUGGCCGUCAACACGUACGAUGAGAAGCCGCGGGAGCAGUGGAUAUUCGACUACCCGGCCCAGCCGUCGCUGGUGGGCACGCAGAUCUGGUGGACCACGGAGGUGACCAUGGCCUUCGCGCGGCUGGAGGAGGGCUACGAGAUGGCCCUCAGGGACUACAACAAGAAGCAGGUGCAACAGCUGAGCAUACUCAUCACGCUGCUGGUGGGGGACCUGACCUCGCAGCAGCGCCAGAAGAUCACCACCAUCUGCACCAUCGACGUGCACUCGCGCGACGUGGUGGGCAAGCUCAUCAACGAGAAGGUGGACAACCGCUCUGCCUUCCUGUGGCAGUCCCAGCUGCGGCACAGGUGGGACGAGAAGUUGAAGGACUGCUUCUGCAACAUUUGUGACGCCCAGUUCCGCUACGCCCACGAGUACCUGGGCAACACUCCCCGCCUGGUCAUCACCCCUCUUACCGACCGCUGCUACAUCACCCUGACCCAGUCUUUGCACCUGAUCAUGGGCGGAGCGCCGGCUGGGCCGGCUGGAACGGGUAAAACGGAGACCACCAAGGACCUGGGCAAGGCCAUGGGCAUCAUGGUGUACGUCUUCAACUGCUCGGAGCAGAUGGAUUACAAGUCGUGCGGGAACAUCUACAAGGGCCUGGCCCAGACGGGCGCCUGGGGCUGCUUCGACGAGUUCAACCGCAUCUCGGUGGAGGUGCUCUCCGUGGUGGCCGUGCAGGUCAAGUCCGUGCUGGACGGCAUCAAGUCGCGCCGGCGCCGCUUCAUGUUCAUGGGCAACGUCAUCUCGCUGAACCGCUCCGUCGGCAUGUUCAUCACCAUGAACCCGGGCUACGCCGGCCGCACGGAGCUGCCCGAGAACCUCAAGGCCCUUUUCAGGCCGUGCGCCAUGGUGGUGCCGGACCUGGCGCUCAUCUGCGAGAACAUGCUGCUGGCGGAGGGCUUCCAGGACGCCAAGCUGCUGGGACGCAAGUUCAUCACGCUCUACAUGCUGUGCAAGGAGCUGCUGUCCAAGCAGGACCACUACGACUGGGGGCUGCGCGCCAUCAAGUCCGUGCUCGUCGUCGCCGGCUCCCUCAAGAGAGGUGAUCGUCUGAGACCAGAGGACCAGGUCCUCAUGCGCGCCCUUCGAGACUUCAACGUCCCAAAAAUUGUGACUGAGGACCGGCCCGUGUUCAUGGGACUCAUCGGGGACUUGUUUCCGGGGAUAGACGUGCCCCCCAAGAGAGACUACGACUUCGAGAAGGUGGUGAAGCAGGCCGUGGAAGAUAUCAAACUUCAAGCUGAAGAUAACUUUAUUUUAAAGAUCGUACAGCUGGAGGAGCUGCUGCAGGUGAGACACUCGGUGUUCAUCGUCGGCAACGCGGGCACGGGCAAGUCCAUGGUGUGGCACUCCCUGUUCCGAACCUACCAGUUCCUGAACAUGGCGCCCUUCUACAACGACCUGAACCCCAAGGCAGUCACCAACGACGAGCUGUUCGGCAUCAUCAACCCGGCCACGCGCGAGUGGAAGGACGGGCUGCUGUCGACGCUGAUGCGGGACCAGGCCAACCUGUCGGGCGACGGCCCCAAGUGGAUCGUGCUGGACGGAGACAUCGACCCCAUGUGGAUCGAGUCGCUCAACACCGUCAUGGACGACAACAAGGUGCUGACGCUGGCCAGCAACGAGCGCAUCGCCCUCACCAGGGGCAUGCGCCUGCUGUUCGAGAUCGCCUCGCUGCGGACCGCCACCCCGGCCACCGUGUCGCGAGCCGGCAUCCUCUACAUCAACCCGCAGGACCUGGGCUGGAACCCCUACGUGUUCAGCUGGCUGGGGGAACGCAAGGAGGCGGUGGAGCGGGCCUCCCUCCUGAUCCUGUUCGACAAGUACAUCCCGCCCAUCCUGGACGUGAUGCGCACCCCGCGCUUCAAGCGCAUCACGCCCAUCGCCGAGAUCUCCCACGUGCAGAUGCUGUGCCACCUGCUGAUGUGCCUGCUGGUGCCGGAGAACAUCACCGUCGACUCGCCCAAGGAGUGGUACGAGAUGUACUUCGUGUUCGCCUGCGUGUGGGCCUUCGGGGCGGCCAUGUUCCAAGACCAGUUGGUGGACCACAGAGUUGAAUUUUCAAAAUGGUGGGUAAAUGAGUUCAAGACCAUCAAGUUUCCACAACAAGGGACAGUUUUUAGUUACUACAUUGAUAAUUCUGAAAAUGAAAGGAAAUUUGUUCUAUGGACAGAACGGGUCAAGACAUUUCACUUGGAUUACGACAUCCCAAUGCAGUCCACCAUCGUGCCCACCCCGGAGACGACCCGCCUGCGGUACUUCAUGGACCUGCUGAUGGCGAAGCAGCUGCCCGUGAUGCUGGUGGGGCUGGCGGGCACCGGCAAGAGCGUGCUGGUGGCGGACAAGCUCAGUAGCCUGCCCGAGGCCUACGCGGUCGCCAACGUGCCGUUCAACUACUACACCACGUCCACCAUGCUGCAGAAGGUGCUGGAGCACCCGCUGGAGAAGAAGGCCGGCCGCGCCUUCGGCCCGCCGGGCGGCAAGAACCUCAUCUACUUCGUGGACGACAUGAACAUGCCCGAGGUGGACGAGUACGGCACGGUGCAGCCCCACACGCUGCUGCGGCAGUUCUUCGACUACAAGCACUGGUACGACCGCACGAAGCUCUCCCUGAAGGACAUCCACAACUGCCAGUUUGUGUCGUGCAUGAACCCCACGGCGGGCAGCUUCACCAUCAACCCACGGCUGCAGAGGCACUUCUGCGUGUUCGCGACGAGCAUCCCCGGGCAGGAGUCGAUGCAAGGAAUCUACCAGUCUGUGCUGCAGCAGCAUCUCUCCGCCCCGCACAACAAGUUCUCUCCCCCCGUGGCCAAGCUGGCAGAGAGCGUGGUGGCGGUCGCGCUCAAGGUGCACGCGCGCGUCACGCAGCUCUUCCUGCCCACCGCCAUCAAGUUCCACUACGUCUUCAACCUGCGCGACCUCUCCAACAUCUUCCAGGGUAUGCUGUUUGCCGAUGCAGCUUGCGUUCCGAAUCCGAGCGAUUUGAUCCGCCUGUGGAUGCACGAAGCAACACGUGUGUACGGAGACAAGCUGAUUGACACGACAGACAUAGAAACAUUCGAAAAGGUGGUGGCAGAGAUUGUGAAGAAAGGUUUCGAAGAACUGAAUGAGGAGGAGGUGUUCAUGCAGCCUCUAAUCUUCUACCACUAUACAGAGUCAAUGGACCAAAGCAAAUACAUGCCCAUCAGUGACAUGAAGCGCUUGGAGGGCCUCCUGGUGGAGGCGCUGGCACUUUACAACGACAGUGUGGCUGCCAUGAACCUAGUGCUCUUCGAAGAUGCCAUCGAACACGUGUGCCGCAUCACGCGCAUCCUGGAGUCUCCUCGUGGCAACGCUCUCCUCAUCGGAGUGGGCGGCAGUGGCAAGCAGUCGCUGUCGCGUCUCGCGGCCUUUAUCUGCACGCUCGACGUCUUCCAGAUCCAGCUCCGAAAGGGCUACUCUACCGUGGACCUGAAGGUCGACCUGGCACAAUUGUAUCUGAAGGCGGGUAUCAAAGGACAGGGUAACGUGUUCCUCAUGACCGACGCACAGGUCGCAGAAGAGAGGUUCCUGGUGCUAAUCAACGACCUGUUGUCAACGGGCGAGAUACCAGACAUGUUUGCGGAGGAGGAAGUGGACAACAUAGUGACUGCGCUGCGCACUGAGGUGAAGAUGGCUGGCUUUGUCGACAAUAAGGAGAACUGCUGGAAGUUUUUCAUUGACCGGGUUCGCAGGCAACUCAAAGUAGUGCUCUGUUUUUCCCCUGUUGGCCCCACGCUUCGCAUUCGCAGUCGUCAGUUCCCGGCUGUCGUCAGCUGCUCUGCUAUCGACUGGUUCCAUGAGUGGCCGCAGAAUGCACUUGAAUCUGUCUCUGCUCGGUUUUUAGGAGAGAUAGAGGUCCUACCAAAAGAUAUUGUGACGUCCGUCUCGCUGUUCAUGUCUUACGUUCAUACUUCUGUUAAUAAAAUGUCUCAAGUUUACCUCCUGAUGGAAAAACGCUACAACUACACGACACCCAAGUCGUUUUUAGAACAAAUAGGUUUGUUCGGAAACUUGCUCACCAAACGGGCAAACGAUUUGAAUUAUAAAAUAGAGCGUUUGCAACAAGGCUUAGAAAGGCUUCGCAGUACUUCAGAACAGGUUGAUGAUUUGAAACUCACACUUGCUGAUCAAGAAGUUGUUAUAGCACAAAAACAAGAGGCGGCGGAUAUACUUAUAAAGGAGGUGGAAACUGAAACAAAAAAAGUGACAGAUGAAAAAUCAGUAGCAGCAGAAGAAGAGGAGAAGGUGAAGGUGAUAGAGGAAGAUGUGAGCGCGCAACAGAAAGUAUGUGCGGCAGAUUUAGAACUAGCCAUGCCAGCUCUUAAUAAUGCUUUAGCUGCUCUGGACACACUUGAUAAGGAAAAUCUGUCUGAACUUAAGUCAUUUCCCACUCUUGUUGGACCCGUAAUGAAAGUAGUGGAGGCGGUCAUUGUGUUGAUGGCUCCGGGUGGCAAAGUUCCAAGAGAUAGGAGCUGGAAAGAAGGCAAACGCUUGAUGGGAAAAGUUGACUCAUUUCUUCAAUCUCUUAGGGACUAUGAUAAAAAUAAUAUCCACCCAAAUGUAUACAAAGCUGUUCAGGAAUAUAUUAAAGAUCCUCUGUUUAACCCAGAUGCUGUAUCUAAAGCUUCGAAAGCUGCAGCAGGGUUGUGUGCAUGGGUCAGGAAUAUAAUUAGCUAUUACGACACAUGGGUUAUAAUCGAACCAAAACAAAUAGCAUUAAAGCAAGCAACGGAAACACUUAACGCUGCUCGGGCAAAACUUCUGGUGUUGGGAGAGAGAAUACGUUCCCUGGAAGAGCAGCUUGACACACUGACUAAACGGUAUGAAGCUGCAGCGGCAGAAAAAGAAAAAUCACAACAGCAAGCUGAUGCUACUGCUCGAUCCAUCGACCUAGCCAAUCGCCUUGUAAAUGGUUUAGCAUCUGAAAAUGUUCGAUGGUCUCAAAACAUUCUAGAUUAUCAGAACUCUUUCAUUACACUUCCAGGUGAUAUUCUUUUUGCAACAGCUUUUCUUUCUUAUGUGGGUUGCUUCACUAAACAGUUCAGAGAAGAUUUGGUUAAUAAGCAUUGGUUGCCAUUCAUGAAGAAUCUAACACAACCCAUUGAAAUGACUGAAAAUCUAGAUGUUUUGAAUCUUCUGGCUGAUGAUGCCAUAAUUGCUCAAUGGAACAAUGAUGGUCUUCCUACUGAUCGAAUGUCUUCAGAAAAUGCAAUCAUCUUAAUCAGCUCUACUCGCUGGCCUUUAAUUAUAGAUCCACAACUGCAAGGAAUAAAGUGGAUCAAGAAUAUGUAUGGUAGUGAUCUGAAAGUAGUGAGACCAGGACAGAAAAGAUAUUUAGAUGUAAUCGAAUCAGCUGUAUCUGAUGGAGACGUAGUACUGCUGGAAAACAUCGGUGAGGCGAUCGAUGCCGUCCUGGAUCCACUUCUUGGACGUACGCUCAUCAAGAAAGGAACAGCUGUUAAGAUGGGGGAAAAGGAAGUUCAUUUCAAUCCAAAAUUCCGCCUGAUCCUCCAGACGAAACUGGCAAAUCCUCACUACAAGCCCGAGAUGCAGGCUCAGACGACUCUCAUCAACUUCACGGUGACGAGGGACGGGCUGGAGGACCAGUUGCUGGCAGAAGUGGUGAAGGUAGAGCGGCCGGAUUUGGAGAGCAAAAAGUCGGAGCUCACGAAGCAGCAGAACGACUUCAAGAUCACGUUAAAGGAGCUGGAGGACAACCUGUUGCAAAGGUUGGCGGCCGCUGGGGAGAACAUUCUUGGCGACGUGCAGUUGGUCGAGAACUUGGAGACCACGAAGAAGACGGCAGCGGACAUUGAAGUGAAAGUGGCCGAAGCAAAAAUCAUGGGCGUGGAGAUCGACGCAGCACGAGAACGAUACAGAGUCGCUGCUACCAGAGCAUCACUGUUGUACUUCAUACUCAACGAUCUACACAAGAUCAAUCCCAUUUACCAGUUCUCGCUGAAAGCCUUUGGCACUGUUUUCCAGAAAGCAUUGGUAACUGCUGACGAGAAUGAGGAUCUGAAGCAGAGAGUGAUAAACCUGCUCGACAGCAUUACAUUUUCAGUUUUUAUGUACACCAGCCGUGGCUUGUUCGAAAGUGAUAAGUUAAUUUUUAUGGCACAGAUGGCAUUUCAAAUUCUGCUCAUAAAUAAAGAAAUUGAAUAUGCCGAUCUGGAUUUCCUUUUAAGAUUUCCUGUGACCCCGAACGUUACAAGUCCUGUGGACUUCAUUCCAAACGUUGGAUGGGGCGGUGUAAAAAGUUUGUCUCUAACAGAUGACUUAAAAAAUCUAGAUCGUGACAUCGAGGGUGCUGCCAGGCGAUGGCAGAAGGUGGUUGACUCGGAAACCCCAGAAAAAGAAAAAUUGCCAGGAGAAUGGAGAAACAAGACAAGCCUGCAAAAGCUUUGCAUAAUGAGAGCGCUUCGACCAGACAGGAUGACAUAUGCAAUCACUGAGUUCAUAAAUGAAAAACUGGGAAAUAAGUACACAUCUGCAAGGACAGUAGAGUUUGCCAAAUCUUACGAGGAAAUGAGUCCGGCGACUCCUGUAUUUUUCAUUCUUUCUCCUGGUGUGGACCCACUGAAAGACGUGGAAGCUCUUGGCAAGAAACUGGGCUUCACAAUGGACCAGCACAACUUUCACAACGUGUCCCUUGGCCAAGGCCAAGAGGUGGUCGCAGAGCAGGCCAUGGAAACUGCAGCCACAGAGGGGCACUGGGUCAUUCUGCAGAACAUUCACCUGGUGAAGAGAUGGUUGCCCGAACUGGAGAAGAAAAUGGAGCACUGCAGUGAGAUAGGCCACGAUAACUACCGCUUGUUCAUAAGCGCCGAAUCUUCGCCCGACCCUGCAUUUCACAUCAUACCGCAAGGAAUCCUGGAGAGCUCCAUCAAGAUAACUAACGAGCCCCCUACCGGCAUGCAGGCCAACUUGCACAAGGCUCUGGAUAACUUCACCCAGGAGACUCUGGAAAUGAGCUCAAAGGAAGCAGAAUUCAAGGCCAUUCUGUUUGCUCUCUGCUAUUUCCAUGCUGUCAUCGCUGAACGUAGAAAGUUCGGCCCUCAGGGAUGGAACAGGAACUAUCCCUUCAAUAUGGGUGACCUGACGAUCUGCGUGAACGUGCUGUACAACUACCUGGAGAGCAGCACGCGGGUGCCGUGGGAGGACUUGCGCUACCUGUUCGGGGAGAUCAUGUACGGAGGCCACAUCACGGACGACUGGGACCGCCGGCUGUGCCGCACCUACCUCGAGGUGUACCUGAUUCCCGCGCUGCUGGACGGAGACCUGCCGCUAGCGCCGGGCUUCCAGGCACCUCCAAACCUCGACUACAAAGGCUACCACAACUACAUCUCGGACAACCUGCCGUCGGAGUCCCCGGUGCUGUACGGCCUCCACCCGAACGCAGAGAUCGGGUUCCUCACGACGACCUCGGAGCGCUUGUUCCGCACCGUGUUCGAGAUGCAGCCGCGAGACGCCGGUGCCACGGGGGCGGUCACCGUCACGCGAGAAGAGAAGGUGAAGCAGGUGCUGGACGAGAUCCUGGAGAAGCUGCCCGACCCCUUCAACAUGCCGGAGAUCAUGGCCCGGGCGGAGGAGAAGACGCCCUUCGUCAUCGUGGCGUUCCAGGAGUGCGAGCGCCUCAACUUCCUGACGACGGAGAUGAGACGGUCCCUGCGCGAGCUCGAGUUGGGCUUGAAGGGGGAGCUGACCAUCACGGCUGACAUGGAGCAGCUGCAGGACUCCCUGUUCCUCAACUCCGUGCCGGACAGCUGGUCGGCGCGCGCCUACCCCUCGCUGCUCAGCCUCGGGCCCUGGAUCAUCAACCUCAUUCUGCGCAUCAAGGAGUUCGAGACCUGGACGUCCGACUUCGUCAUGCCGGGGGCCGUGUGGCUGUCCGGGUUCUUCAACCCACAGUCGUUCAUCACCGCCGUCAUGCAAGUGACCGCGCGCAAGAACGAGUGGCCGCUCGACCGAAUGUGCAUCAUAUGUGAGGUCGUGCGCAAGCAGAGGGAUGAGAUCACCUCGGCGCCGCGCGACGGGGCCUACGUGCACGGCCUGUUCAUCGAGGGCGCGCGCUGGGACGAGAAGGGCGGCACGCUGACCGACUCCCUGCUCAAGGACCUGUACCCGGCGAUGCCGCUGGUGUUCGUGCGCGCCACCACCCAGGAGCGGGAGGACAAGCGCAACAUGUACGGCUGCCCGCUGUACAAGACGCGCAUGCGGGGCCCCACCUACGUGUGGACCUUGAACCUGCGCACGCGCGACCCUGCCUCCAAGUGGAUCCUGGCCGGGGUCGCCCUGCUGCUCCAGAUAUAGCCCGCUGCCGUCGCUCAGACGUCUUUCAAAGCAUUUUGUAACUGUCAUCUCCUAAAAGUUACUUUUUCCCACUGUAGAAAAUAUGUCUUUUAAUACAUAGAUCAUAAUUAAA